ACACAAAUAACUGCAUCCAUAUAGCUAAAACUUAAAGCAGUACAUCUUUUUUCUUCAGCAAGAUUUCUCAAUUUUAGGCCCCAAAUCUUGGUUGAUAGGACCAGCCAAUUGCAGAGCUGUCCGAAUACGACAUCACUCCAGAUCAUUAGAAGGGAUGUCGCAUUCAAAUGAAGACAACAUCUCUCCCUCUUAACAUUCCACCAAACAUUUACUAAAUUUAAAAGCCUUUCCAUAACUCUAUAUAACAAUGUUACGUCUUCCUGUUGAUUCUCAUCACAACUAAAUGGCUUCGGUGCUUUGGGCUCUCAUCUUGGCAUGUCUGAGUUUCCCACUAGCUAUUACUGAUGCCCAAACACCAGCUGUUUCGCCAUCAACACCUACAACCACCACACCUCCACCCACAACCACACCAACCACUCCAACACAAUCACCAGCAAGUGCAGUGACACCCCCAACUGCAACCACUCCUAUAUCAUCACCAUCUCCUAAAGUCGCACCAGCUACCACCCCAGUAGUUCCACCACCACAACCACCACAAAGUUCUCCAGCUGCCACUCCAAUACCACCACCAGCUACACCGCCACCACAAGUGUCUCCAGCACCAGCUCCAGCAACACCACCACCAGCACCAGCUCCAGCUAAGGAAGUACCUGCACCCGCACCAGCAACACCACCACCGGCACCUGUGCCAGCACCAGCUAUUCCACCACCAGCCCCCUCACCAUCAUUAGUGCCUUCCCCAGCACCAGCUCCUGGAAAACACAAGAUGAAAAGAAAACACAAGCACAAGCAUCAUCAUCAUGCACCAGCUCCUGCACCAAACCCCCCCAGCCCCCCAGCCCCACCUACAGUGACAACAGCAUCUGAGGACACAGCUCCUGCACCAUCCCCAAAUGGAGGAAAUACAUUGUAUCACCAGGAAGGAAGGGCAAGAAUGUGGGCAAGAAUGUGGGCAAGGACAGUGUUAGCAUUUGCCUCUCUGCUGGUUGUUACAGGCUACAGUUUCUAGAAACCUUACCAAGCCAUGAAAUUAUUUUUAUAAUGAAAAGAGAGAUUAUUUUAUAUGUACAAAAUAAGAUUGGUAUGGAAUUCAUAUUAUAGGAAUUAAAAUGUAAAAGGCAAGCCAAGAAAUUGUCAACAUUUUUGUACAUUUUCAGUCCCUCGAAGUAUAUAAUAAAGACGGACCUUACAACCAUGAACAAAA